UGAUUACCAAAAUAGCUUAAAUUAUAUGAAUUAUUCUCAUUCUGGAACUCUUCCUAAUAAGGAGAGAAAAGUAGAAUUUGAAAGCUUAACUGCUUCUCAUAAGAAACCCAAGAAGACCGCAGCUGUCAGAAGUAGCAGUAAAUUUGAAGAAACAAGCAAAGAAUCCAAGAAUUUCGAGUAUAGAAGAUCUAGUGACCCUAUACAAACCUACAGAGCACCUUGGAAGGCUACUAAAUAGAGUCUUUGAGCCAUUUGAUAAGGAUAAUUAUUGGUAUACAGGAAAUGUCAGAGCAGAUAUAGUUUAUAAAUCAUCCCAUAUGCUUCCCAGAUCUUACAAAGAUGAUAAACUUGAUAACUAUUCAAAGCCGUUCAGAGUUCCAGCUAGGCAUCCAGAUCAGAUCAAAGAAAAGAAAUAUUUGACAAAAAUAGGAAGAAUGGCUUUAAAAUAAGAGAAUGAAAGAAGCAGAUAACUAUUACAACAAAAAACUAGAAGCAGAGAAAGAAUAUUACCAAAACAGAAGGUAUUUGCUAGAGAAUAUGGGUAAGGGAACUAUUGACCCCCCUUUCGUCUCAGCUAGGAACUCCACUAUCAAACCGUUCAGUAUCAUGUCUGAGCAUAAUAUGUACUUUAAACCAGCAAAAUAAAGGCCAAUCUU